GGUAAUAUUGAUAUGUCAAUAUUUUUAUGAAAGUAGUUUUAGUUUGUGUUAUUGGAAAGAGUACAGUUGCCAUAUUUUGGAUUCUUGUGAAAAUUUGUUUGAAUCAUCUUCUUCAUCAGUAGUUUCUCUUCCAGCUAAGCUUUUUGUUCUUUCAGAUAAAAUUCCAAUUUGGGUUUUUUGUUCCAAUGAAUCAGCAGAGGGUAGGACAGACAUUUUACUAUUAGGUGGAAGCAAUCACCUUUGUUUGUUUCUUUGUUUGUUUUCUCUCUCUCUCUCUCUCUCAACUACAAAGACAUGUCCUUUUCUUUACAUUAAAAUAAAGUCUCAAGAAUCAGAAUUUUCAUGUAAAAAAAAGUGGAGGAGCAGAGUUUCUUGAUGUUUGAUUGAGGGGUUGUUUUGGAAUUCACAAUCAAGAACCCCCUCCAAAUCCCAAACUUAUUGUUUCUUGAUUAUGGGGUUUUGCUUCUUUCUUGAAUAUAUAUAAAUAUAUAUAGUGUUUGUUUACCUUUUUUUCUUCUUUACUCAAGAAUUUAUUAGUACUUUUGUUGUUUUCUGCUGGAUUUGGGACAUCAUUAUUUUAUGUGUACUAAAUGUCAGCUCAAUGGAGAACUUUGUCAUCUAAUGUAAUUGAUUGUUUGUGUUUGAUACCUAUAUGAAAAUUUUGGGGCUUUAUGAGGUUAAAGAUUGGAUCUUUUUCAGUUUUAAGGUGGAAUGGGGGCAUUCUUGAAAUGAGUUAUUGAUGAAAGAAAGCAGUUUGAUGAGGGUUUUGUUCUGCAAAAUCCAUUGUCCAUUUGUUUGUUUUUGUAAACCCUCUGCUGCUCAUCUUUACACUCCAGGUCCAUUGAAAUUGGAAAGUACCCCACAUGUUUCUGGUGCCUCUCAUCAACAAUCUGAGGUCAGUCUAGAUGCUGGAAAUGGUCUUAAAAGUUGUAUUAGGAAAAGUCCUGUUGUUGGACCUAAGGAGAUUAUUGACAAGAAGAGAGUUCAAUGGAUGGAUAACAUAGGGAAAGAGCUUGUUGAGAUCAAGGAGUUUGAAUCCAGUAUGAAGCUGAAUGUUAAAGAUGAUGUUUCUGUAGUGAAACGGGAGAUACUGACACUGAAGAGGAGACAAGACAUUGUCUAUGCAUUAUUCUUUGAUGCUGCUUAACCAGCUUCUUCCUGCAACUACUUCCAAGUGGCUGCAGUUUAAUCUAAUACAAGAACAAUGAGGAAAUGACUUCAUGUGCAUGAGAACAUUGUUCAUGAUCGGAAAAGCUUCAGGCGUUAGUAGAAGUGGAGCUGAUGCAUUCAUCAGAAUUGCUAUUCUUUUUCAUUUGCAUCGAGAUUUUCAUCCAUCCGUCAGAUUCCUCAUUUGAUUAUCUGGGAAACCCCCUACAUGGGAGUGAAGGUUAUUCAUGUCUCCCUUUCCUGCUAUUGCGGAUUGUGAUCACUUUCAAGAUUUCUUAUGUGAGAAUUCAGGUCAACUGACAAUUGCUCCCUGUUGUAGAAGUGUGAAGCUAAAUUGAUGUUUAUUCUUGCUUGAUUCGUCUGAGUAAUUAAGCCACACACAAGCUAACUGUCAUCUCCUGCAAUAUGUUUUCUGGUUCUAGCAUCUGAAGGCUACUGGAAAAGCGAUGUGCACAAGUGUUAAACUUCGAAGAAAAAGCAGCGCGUGUUAUUUCUGCUGUUCUCUCAAAAUAAUAGCCUUUUGAUGAGUUCCAGCUUGGUAGACUGAUAAUAUAUUGCGCGUCAAUGAAACUGCUUCAUAGAGGGAGAAUACAGGUUAUAAUUCCUCUUCAUUGUCACAAACAGGUAGCACACACACCAAUGAUCAGCUUGAAUGGUUAACAUUGAAGAGUUCGUGUCAAUCGAAAAGAAGAGCUUAGGUUGCUAUAAUUUGCUGUUCUAUUGCAUUGUUAGCUGAAUUCAAAGGCAGAAGUUAUGAAGAUCAUACUAUUUUUUCUACCUUUGCUUCAGUGCAAUUUUACUGACUUGGAUGCACCACUGAAAUCUUUAGUGGAACAGUAGAUUUUUGGUUUCAAAUUAUCAGUCAUUCUAUUGUCUUUUGACACUCAAAUGUAAACACUCUCUGCAAAUGGAAAUAUUUAUUAGUAAAAUCAUUUCCACUUCCAUUUG